AAAUUAAAUAAUGUUUUAUGCGCUUCAAAAUGGUAAAAUAAUUUUGUUUUUAAGUGAAAUUACAUAUUUCACAACAAUUAUUUGAAUAUAUUUUGUAAGGGUGUUUCUUCAAACGUGAAUUCGUUACCACGAAGAUAGCUACAGGAUAAAACCUGCGAUCAGCGAUGCCGCUUUGCAAAAGGUCGUACGGCGCCGUUUUGUGACGGCGCGCGAUGAAACUAGUUGAAAUUCUAGUCUCCAAGGUUUUGAGUUUGACAUCCCGCGCAGGUAUAUUUUUUUGCUGUUUUUGAUACUGGACCCAUCGCGAAUUUGGUUGUUUAAAAAUUUGUUUACUUGUUUAUUCAGUGAUAAGGAAAGACGUGAGUUGAGGAUUUAACGAUUAAACGUAUCGCGAUGUGCCGGAUCAUAACAAAAAUGUGACGAGAAUCUUAAAGUUUCGUAGCGAGAGUGAAGCGUGAAAAAAAAUUGCGGAGUGGUCGUCGGUGCAGCUACACGGACGGCCGGAUAACCUUACGUCAAAUCAAUGUUUAAUCAGAGAAGCGAAUAGUCCCAUUGAUAUAACCAGUGGGACGUCCAAGUUCUACGAAUUUGCGGAAGAACGAAGAGGGAUUGGAAAUUCAAAAAAAUGGCGCCGCCCGAUCCAUUGACUCAGAUGAAUACGUACAGAUCGUACGUAACGAUGCUGGCUGAUCCGGGCUCGAAGGACGAGCUCAAACUCAAAGCAGCUCAAGAGCUGUCGGAAAAUUUUGAGGUGAUAAUGUGCUCGUCCCAAUAUCCAGCGUUCCUUGAUCAUUUGAUGAAAAUAUUCCUCAAGAUCCUUCAGGAAGGCGAGCCUCAUUUUAUAAGCGAGUACAAUAUUCAACAAGUGAGAAAACUCAUACUCGAAAUGAUCCAUCGUUUACCAACGAACGAGUAUCUGCGCCCUUACGUCAAACAAAUAUUAAGCUUGAUGCUGAAACUCCUUGAAACUGAGAACGAGGAAAAUAUCCUCGUUUGCUUGAGAAUAAUAAUCGAACUUCACAAACAGUACAGGCCGACUUUCAAUCCUGAGAUCCAGCACUUUCUGCAAUUUGUCAAAUCAAUAUACAGCGAAUUGCCGAAAAAUUUGCCAAAAAUAUUCGAACCUCGUCCACCCCUUCAAGUGAAGGAACUUUCGGAAAUUAACAUCGAUGCAUUGCUGAAGGAAACGUUCACAAUAACGGCGAUUCAGAGCGAGAAAAAGGCUGCUGAUGGAACGGUCGUCACGUACAAUCUCAUUCCAAAAGCGGUGAUGUCGUUGAAAGUGCUACAGGAAUUGCCAAUAAUAGUGGUGCUGAUGUACCAGAUAUACAAGCAGAACGUGCAUCAGGACGUCUCAGAUUUUAUACCGUUGAUAAUGACGACAAUAACGCUACAGCCGAGUCCGCAGCAUCGGGCGUCUCCGGCUUUCAACAAAGAAGUAUUCGUCGAUUUUAUGGGAGCGCAGAUAAAAACGUUGAGCUUUUUGGCGUACAUAAUAAGAAUUUAUCAGGACGUUGUGUCGCAACACAGCACGAUGAUGGUGAAAGGGAUGUUGGGAUUGUUGACGUUGUGUCCGAUGGAAGUUGCGCAUUUGCGAAAGGAAUUGUUGAUUGCGGCGCGUCACAUAUUGGCGACGGAUCUGCGAACGAAGUUCGUACCCCACAUGGAGCGGCUCUUCGACGAGGAUGUUUUGCUAGGUCACGGUUGGACGACCCACGAGUCGUUGAGACCGUUGGCUUAUUCGACGUUGGCGGAUUUGGUGCAUCACGUCCGUCAACUUUUGCCAUUGAGCGAUUUGGCUCGCGCCGUUCAUUUGUUCAGUAAAAACGUCCACGACCAGAGUUUACCGACGACGAUACAAACCAUGUCGUGCAAAUUGUUGUUGAAUCUUGUCGAGUGUAUUCGCCAGCGCAGCGACGCUGAGAACAGCAAUCAAGGACGAGAAUUGUUGAUGCGAAUGCUGGAGGUUUUCGUGCUCAAGUUCAAAACGAUAACGAAGCUUCAGAUGCCGGUGUUGCUGAACAAAUCAAAAGCCGCUUCGGGAACGGCGGGAACAAACUUGGAGAUCAAGAAUGAAGACACAAAGCCUCAAAUAGUCGAUCCGAACGAGGACAAAGACGCGGGCAAAUCGAAAUUUGGGUUUCCACCUUCUCAAGCGGUAAACUACAACGUCGCUGACUAUCGGAGUCUCGUUAAAACUCUCGUCUGCGGGGUGAAAACGAUCACUUGGGGCUGUGCUAAUUGCAAAACCGGCGAAGUCGCUCAGUCCAAACAAUUUCAGCCCAAGGAAACGUUGGUAUUCAUACGAUUGGUCAAAUGGGCGUUACAAGCGUUGGACAUUUACACGAUCGGGCCACCGGGCGUCGGUGCCGUUGCGCAAGCCGGUCGACCCGCACAACCUCAAACCGUUCGUACCAAGGAAGAAAAGGAAGUUUUGGAACACUUCAGCGGUGUUUUCUCAAUGAUGAAUCCCCAAACGUUUCAAGAAAUAUUCUCCACCACGAUCGACUACAUGGUCGAAAGAAUAUUCAAGAAUUGCGCUCUGCAAAUCGUCGGGAAUUCCUUUCUCGCUAAUCCAACGACGUCCCCGAUUUUCGCGACCGUGCUCGUGGAAUAUCUUCUCGAAAGAAUGGACGACAUGGGCUCGAACGUUGAACGUAGCAAUUUGUAUCUGAGGCUUUUCAAGCUAGUUUUCGGUAGCGUGUCUUUAUUUCCAGCCGAGAACGAGCACAUGCUGCGUCCUCAUUUGCACCAGAUCGUGAACCGAUCAAUGGAACUCGCCAUGUCGGCUAAAGAGCCGUAUAAUUACUUCCUACUGCUUCGGGCACUUUUCCGCUCGAUCGGAGGCGGAUCUCACGAUCUUUUGUACCAAGAAUUUUUGCCGCUUCUGCCGAAUCUACUAGAGGGUUUGAAUCGCCUCCAAUCGGGUCUUCACAAGCAGCACAUGAAAGAUCUUUUCGUAGAACUUUGCCUAACAGUCCCGGUGCGCCUGAGUUCGUUACUGCCCUAUUUGCCUAUGCUGAUGGAUCCUCUCGUUUCAGCUCUCAAUGGAAGUCACACACUGGUGAGCCAAGGUCUGCGAACGCUCGAGCUCUGUGUCGACAAUUUACAGCCAGAUUUUCUCUACGAGCACAUUCAACCGGUACGUGCCGAUCUGAUGCAAGCGCUCUGGCGCACAUUGAGGAACCCGACGGACCAAGUAGCUCACGUGGCUUUUCGAGUUCUCGGUAAAUUCGGCGGCGGCAAUCGUAAGAUGAUGAUCGAACCGCAGAGACUCGACAACAACGAUCGCGAAACUAACUCCCCAGCUGUCAUCGCGAAUAUACAAGACUCUGGAAAACCGAUAGAUUUUCCGGUCGAGAAAGUAAUCGAGACCGCGUUUACAGCCUUGAAAUCAAACACGACUGAUCCUUUCUACAGGCGACAGUGUUGGGAGGUAAUCAAUUGUUAUCUCGCCGCCUCGCUCCGUCUCGACGACGACAGAACGACUCUCUACAAAUUAUUCACACAUCCGAGCUUUAAGGAAGGCAAAAUACCGCAUCAACAAGGACCUCAUUACAAAUGCACCGACGUCGUUGCGCGAAACGUUCAACAAACCGCUCUCACCGGACUUUUCGUCGCCGCUGCAAUCAAAGAACUCCGCCAAUCGGUUCUGGGAACGAUGGUUUCUCUCGUACGUCAUUACACGAUGGUCGCUAUCGCUCAACAAGCUGGACCUUUCUCUUGCAACGGCAGAUCCAGCUACAGAUGUCAAGGACUCGAUCCUCUGGUGCUGAUCGAUGCUCUCGCCGUUAUUAUGGGACACGAGGAAAAAGAGCUCUGCAAACCGGGCAAUCUUGCCUUAGUUUUGAUCCUUGAAACAGCAACAAACAUUCUCGGCAGCAAGGAACGCGCUUGUCAAUUGCCACUGAUGGAAUAUCUCGCGGAGAGAAUGUGCUCGUUGUGUUACGAGCGCGCAUGGUACGCCAAACUCGGUGGCUGCAUCGCCAUCAAGUUUCUAUUCGAGAGAAUGGCCACGAAAUGGGUUCUCAAUCAUCUAUUUGUAUUUCUCAAAGCUCUCAUGUUCGUCAUGAUGGAUUUAACCGGUGAAGUGUCGAACGGUGCGAUAGACAUGGCCAAAGCGAACUUGGAGGAGAUGCUGCGCGUAUGCGUCAACUCGGGAGGCCAAGAUUGCAACCAGGAAUUGCUCGAAGCUCAAAACAAAAGCCUUUACGAAGUGACUCACGAGUUGGUGAGACAAGUGACCUCGCCCCACACCAUGGUACGCGAACAGGCGAUGUCUUCGCUGAGAUUACUCGCUGAAAUACAAUGUAAAAGCGUCACCGAAGUCAUGGAGCCGCACAAAGAAGUUUUGGCUGACAUGAUUCCACCGAAGAAACAUUUGCUGCGUCACCAGCCAGCCAACGCUCAAAUUGGUCUCAUGGACGGCAACACUUUUUGCACAACCCUAACGCCGCGACUCUUCACCAUCGACUUGACGGUCGGAGAGCACAAAACAUUCUUUCAAGAAUUACUCGCUCUCAGCGAAGCCGAGGAUGCUAAUUUGAACAAAUUGCCUUGCUACAAAUCCGUCUCGAAUCUGAUACCCCUGAGAAAAUCAGCGCUUCGAGCUCUCGCCGCUUGUCACUACAUUGUCGCUUGCCGCGAAAAAAUAUUCGGUGUUUUGUACAAAGCCCUCGAGAAACCAAACGCCGAGCUCCAGGAAGCCGCUUUCGAGUGCAUGCAAAAGUUCAUCGCCGGUUUCCAAAUCGACAUGGAAUCGGUGCACGCGAUAAUGCGUCCGAUGCUGCUGACUCUCGGCGACCACAGAAAUUUGAGCCUCAAUUGCGUCAAGAGAUUGUCCUACCUGACGCAACUCUUUCCCAGCACGUUCAGCAUCACUCUCUGCGAACAAUUGGUUCAACAUUUGAAAAAAUUGUUGGAAAAUUUGAUACAAACGAACAAGGGUGUCGUGAGAACUGGAGAAAACGAGCAAAAGAUCGCGACGAUCAUCGGCAUUUUUCAUCAAACUCCAGCGGCCACCCCCAAGUUUAUCGACGUUUUGUGUCGCCUCGUUCUACAAACUGAAAAAUCUCUCCUCGUCGAAGCUUCCAGUCCGUUCAGAAUACCGCUUAUGCGAUUUCUUCUCCGGUAUCCUACGGAAACCCUCAAUUUAAUGCUCCACGACAACAACAUCAAAGAUCAGCAGUGGAGCCGCUAUUUGGAGUUUCUCGUUAAGCACAAAGAAGGAAAACCGUUCAGAGAUGUUCUGCACAACAGCACGCCACGACUGAUCACUAUGCUGCUCGCUCACUCUCAAACAAACUCGAAUCUCAGCAGCACCGAGAAGAGCGAGCUACAGCAUCAAGCGAUAAGGAUCAUUUCCAUUCUCAUAAAAUUCGACGAUCAAUGGCUCUCGAAUCAAAGCCAGUUGGUUGCGGCCGUUAAACAAAUUUGGUGCAACGACGAUUAUCAUGCGUUGCACAAGCGCGUUGACAGCGUUGAUUUCUGCAGGUGGAAGGAGCCGAAAUUAAUUGGGAAAAUAUUGUUACAUUAUUUCGGACAUCAUACGAACGACAUAGAUUUGCUGUUUCAACUUUUACGAGCGACUUGCGAUCGGUUCAUUCCCGAUUUCCAGUUCCUUCGGGACUUCCUCGAGAACACAGUCGCUCAGGAGUACACAGUGGAAUGGAAAAGAAGCGCGUUCUUCCGCUUCGUCGAUCAUUUCCCGACUAACAACAUGUCCCAAGAAUUAAAAGCGAAGGUUUUACAGCUGAUCGUCAUUCCGUGCUUCGCCGUUAGUUUCGAGCGCGGCGAGGGCACGAAAUUGGUGGGCGGUGCGCCGAUGCCUUACCAGGAAAAUCCGGAGAACGUUGUUUCGGUCUUUAUCAGCAAAAUCAUCGAUCCGGACAACCCGUUCAGGUCAGCCGACUGCGUGAGGAUUUCGCUCCUCCAAUUUUCCUGUCUGUUGGUAGAGCAAGCAUCUCAGCACAUUCACGAUGUGACGAACAAGCGCCAGGGCAACAAGCUCCGAAGACUCAUGACUUUCGCGUGGCCCUGUUUGCUCGGUAAAAAUUGCGUCGAUCCCGCGACUCGCUACCACGGACAUCUCCUGCUGAGCCACAUCAUCGCCAAGUUUGCCAUCCACAAGAGGAUCGUUCUCCAGGUGUUCCACAGUCUUCUGAAAGCCCACGCGGUCGAAGCUCGCAACGUGGUGCGUCAAGCCCUCGAGAUAUUGACUCCGGCGAUGCCUGUCAGAAUGGAGGAUGGUAACACGAUGUUGACCCACUGGACGAAAAAGAUAAUCGUCGAAGAGGGCCACUCGAUGCAGCAACUCUUUCACAUUCUCCAGCUGGUAGUUCGUCACUACAAAGUGUAUUACCCGGUGCGACAUCACCUGGUUCAGCACAUGGUCAACUCGAUCCAGAGACUCGGAUUUUCACCGACUGCGACCAUCGAACACCGGAGAUUGGCCGUGGAGCUUGCCGAGGUGAUAAUCAAGUGGGAAUUGCACAGGAUUAAGGACGAGGCCGAAAACGUAGAAACUGGUGGAACGGGAACGAUGACGGGAACGGUUCGCCGUCAACUACCGGAAGAUCCAACGGGAAACAAGCGUUUGGCGACCCAAGGACCGUCCGGAACCGCGACGGUCGCUUUGGUCGCGCCGCGUAUGGAGCCCGGGGCGACGAAACCCAUAGAGAGAGCCCAGGCCGACGCGAUACUGAAUUUCUUGCUUCGUCUCGCCUGUCAGGUUAACGACGCGACCACGACACAAGGAAAUCCUGGCGAACAAUUGUCCCGGCGUUGCGUGACGCUUCUAAAGAUGGCUCUGAAGCCCGACGUUUGGCCACAGUCCUGCGAUCUCAAGCUCGCUUUCCUCGACAAAGUAUUCGCGAGCGUUGAGAACAACCAACCGAAUUACGGCAACAUUUGCACGGCCCUUGAGCUUCUCACCUUUCUGCUGGGAGUGAUGAAACGAGAACAAAUUUUGGCGAGUUUCAAACCUUUGCAAAGAGGCUUAGGCGCUUGUAUCGCGAGCACGAACACCAAGGUCAUCAGGCUCGUGCACGGUUUGUUGUCCAGACUCAUGACCAUUUUCCCUACAGAACCAACGUCUUCGACCGUCGGCUCGAAGCACGAGGAAUUGGACACUCUGUACACGACCGUCGGUAAAUUCAUCACCGAGGGGCUCGCUGCUUACGAGAAAAAUACUUCGGCGACUCCGAGCACUCUUUUCGGGACUCUGAUGAUGCUCAAAGCCGCCUGCACCAAUAAUCAGAGCUACAUCGAUCGCAACAUAACGCCCUUCAUGCGUGUGCUGCACAGGAUGGCGAAGGAUCAUUUGCACCCGACGCAGACCGAGGCGAAUCCCGUUGGAAGCGAGCUUCUCAUAUUGAGCUUGGAUCUCGUGAAAAAUCGAGUGGUCGUUAUGGGCGUUGAAAUGCGCAAGUCAUUCAUAGGCUCGAUUCUUGUUGGUCUUAUCGAGAAAACCCAAGACAUCAAAGUCAUGAAGGCCAUCACGAAAAUGCUCGAGGAAUGGAUGAAGAACAAGAACCCCAUAGCGGUUAAUCAGGCUCCUUGUUUACGCGAAAAGUCAAUAUUGCUAGUCAAAAUGAUGCAGUACGUGGAGAAAAGAUUCCCCGACGAUCUUGAGCUCAACGGACAAUUUUUGGAACUCGUUAAUUACGUUUACUGCGACGAGAGCCUCAAAUCUUCGGAGCUGACGUCGAAACUCGAGCCAGCUUUCCUCUCCGGUCUUCGUUGUAUCCAGCCUCACAUAAGAUCGCGAUUUUUCGAUGUUUUUGAUAAAUCCAUGCAAAGAAGACUCUUUGAUCGUCUUUUGUACAUUGUUUGCAGUCAGAGCUGGGACGCGAUGGGUCCGCAUUACUGGAUCAAGCAGUGCAUCGAGUUGUUGAUCGUCACAGCUGAUUCGACGAGCCAAAUACAGUUGAGCAACCGUGACACGCUCCUGCCGUCUAUCAGCGCGAUAAUAAGCAUGUCGGACAGCGAGGAACAGAAGAAUUUCGUGAUCUACACAGCUGUGAAAGAGGAGCCCCAAGAAAUUAGUGAAGGAAGCAACGGUGGGCUCAACGUCAACGACGUCAAAGACGAGCUGCUGGAUCUCGAUCUCGCUGGUAACGAAGGGCCAACGACACCGGAUGUAGACAUGAUGCAAAUCGUCCAGAAAGCCAGCAUCGCUCAGUUGAUGGUUAAGCAGUCUGAUUUCCUCGAAAAUUCUAGGAAAACUCGAACGGAACAGUUGCUGGUCGCAGCUGCUCAGCUCUGUCACAUGGACACUUCCCUCGCUGAACGCGUUUGGCUCGACAUAUUCCCAAGACUGUGGUCUAUCCUCGACGACAAUCAGCACAACUUUUUGAUCGCUGAAAUGGUCCCGUUCGUUUGUAGCGGUACUCACGUCAUCCAAAAAGACUGUCAUCCGUCAGCGAUCGCGACCUUCGUCGAGUCUAUGACGCGGUGCGAUCCACCGGUUCCGAUGCGUCCUGCACUCAUGAAAUAUCUCGGACGAUCUCACAAUCUCUGGCAUCGAAUGACCCUCUGCCUCGAACAAAUGGCUUUCGACAAUGCGACCGCUGCCAAUCGGGCGAAACGAGAAAACGAUUGCUACGAUUUCGAGCCUGACAACAGCCCCCACGCCGAAGUGUUGGAUUCACUCUCCGACAUGUAUUCUCAGCUCUGCGAGGAGGACAUGUGGUCCGGGCUGUGGCAAAAGCACGCCCAUUACAAGGAGACCCUGCAGGCAACGGCGCUGGAGCAACAGGGAUUUUUCGAGCAGGCCCAAGGCGCAUACGACGUCGCGAUGACUAAAUUCAAACAGGACUUUGCCAGCGCCCCUGCACCUUUCAAAACCCAGAGGGAAGCGAUGCUCUGGGAACAACACUGGAUUCGUUGCGCCAAGGAGCUCAAUCAGUGGGACCUGCUGCUCGAUUAUGGAAGUAAAAAAGCAGAAACGAAUCCAUUCCUCAUAGUCGAGAGCUCCUGGCGCAUUCCCAACUGGAAUGUCAUGAAAGAAGCUCUCGCUCAGGUCGAACACAAUUGUCCCAAAGAGAUGGCUUGGAAGGUGAACCUUUAUCGUGGCUACCUCGCCAUUUGUCACAGCGAAGACAAACACUUCACCGCUGUCGAACGUUACGUCGAAUUAGCUUCGAGUCUUUGCAUGAGAGAAUGGAGAAGAUUGCCUCACAUCGUCUCCCACAUUCACUUGCCACUGUUGCAAGCUGCUCAACAGAUCAUGGAGCUCCAAGAAGCGAUGCAGAUACACCAGGGCUUGCUGCACGGUCGCAGCUCGUCUCUGCAUGACAUGAAAGCGAUCGUGAAAACUUGGCGCAAUCGGCUGCCGGUGAUUGCCGACGACCUCAGCCAUUGGGCGGACAUUUUCACAUGGCGACAGCAUCAUUAUACUUUUAUAUCCUCUCAUUACGAUUCCCAACAGGACCAAACGACCAAUCAUUCGAUGCUCGGUGUCCACGCCUCGGCACAGGCGAUUAUUCACUUCGGUAAAAUCGCCAGGAAGCACAAUCUCACCGGCGUCUGCUUGGACUCGCUGUCCAGGAUCUACACGAUUCCCAGCGUCCCGAUCGUCGACUGUUUCCAGAAGAUUCGCCAGCAGGUCAAGUGCUAUCUGCAAAUGGCAUCGGUCGCUGGUAAAAACGAGCUUCAGGAAGGUCUCGAAGUCAUCGAAUCUACGAACCUUAAAUACUUCACGAAGGAAAUGACCGCCGAAUUCUACGCUCUCAAGGGAAUGCUACUUUCACAAAUCGGCAGAUCCGACGAUGCCAAUAAAGCCUUCUCCGCUGCUGUACAGCUGCACGAUACCCUCGUCAAAGCUUGGGCUCUUUGGGGCGAUUAUCUCGAACACAUUUUCACCAGAGAUGCCCGACAAAUCACCAUCGGCGUAUCCGCAAUCACCUGCUUCCUUCACGCCUGUCGACAUCAAAACGAAUCGAAAUCGAGGAAAUAUCUCGCCAAAGUACUCUGGCUGCUCACUUACGAUGACGACAAAUACUCCCUGCUCGAAGCGGUCGACAAGUACGCCGUUGGCGUACCACCCAUUCAAUGGCUACCCUGGAUCCCUCAACUCCUCAUGUGCCUCGUUCGACACGACGGAAAUGUCAUCCUCAAUCUCCUCAGUCAAGUCGGACGCAUGUUCCCUCAAGCUGUUUAUUUUUCCAUCAGAACUCUCUAUCUUACGCUGAAAAUUGAACAACGAGAACGAUACAAAAGCGCUGAAAUCGCUGCUGUCAAAAACAGCGGUGCCACCACCUCUGAAAACGUCGGGGAAACCAGAAACACCGGUACCAAUCAACAAAGCCAGGGACAACAGGAAACUGGACCUAUUCGAGCUACUGCUCCUAUGUGGCGAUGCUCCAAAAUCAUGCACAUGCAGAGAGACAUCCAUCCCACUAUUCUGUCCAGUCUCGAAGGAAUCGUUGAUCAAAUGGUCUGGUUCCGUGAGACUUGGUACGAGGAAGUUUUGCGUCAGCUGCGUCAAGGCCUCGCAAAAUGUUACGCGAUAGCGUUCGAAAACCGUGGAGCAGUCAGUGAAGCAACCAUUACGCCUCACACUCUCAAUUUCGUGAAAAAGCUCGUCUCCACGUUUGGCAUUGGAAUCGAAAACAUAUCAUCGAGUCAAAACGUGAACAAUACUUUUGGCUCCGCCGCUUCCGAGUCUUUGGCACGUCGUGCUCAAGCAACGGUUCAAGAUCCAGUUUUCCAAAAAAUGAAAGGACAAUUCACCAGCGAUUUCGAUUUCACCGAGCCCGGAGCUCGGCUGCUCCACAAUCUCAUUAGCAAGCUCAAAAAGUGGAUCAAAAUACUUGAAGGGAAAACGAAACAAUUGCCAAAAUCUUUUCUCAUCGAGGAAAAAUGCCGUUUCCUUAGUAAUUUCAGCCUGAAAACAGCGGAAGUAGAGUUGCCGGGUGAAUUUUUAUUGCCCAAGCACUCGCAUUAUUUCGUGAGAAUAGCUCGAUUCAUGCCUCGCGUCGAAGUUGUUCAGCGUCACAACACGGCGGCUCGACGUUUGCGAAUUCGUGGACACAACGGUCGUUUGUAUCCGUAUUUGGUGGUGAACGACGCGGGUCUGGGAGACGCGCGACGGGAAGAGCGUGUGCUGCAGUUGUUACGAAUGUUGAAUCACUACUUGGCGAAGCAGAAGGAAACUUCGAGACGAUUCUUGCAUUUCACGGUUCCAAGAGUUGUCGCAGUAUCGCCACAGAUGCGUCUCGUCGAGGACAAUCCAGCUUCAGUCUCUUUGCUCGAUAUUUAUAAGCAAGGCUGCGCUAAACUCGGCAUCGAGCACGAUGCACCGAUCGCUCGUUAUUACGAGAGACUCGCGACUGUCCAGGCCAGAGGAGCUCAAGCAAGUCAUCAAGUGCUCAGGGAUAUUCUCAAGGAGGUUCAGACUACAAUGGUCGCACGAACUAUGCUCAAAGAUUGGGCCAAUAAAACUUUCCCAUCCGCCACGGAUUAUUGGACCUUCAGAAAAAUGUUCACUUUACAACUGUCGCUUGCCUGUUUCGCUGAGUACGUUCUUCAUCUGACUCGUCUAAAUCCGGAUAUGAUGUACGUUCAUCAAGAUUCCGGACUGAUAAACAUAGCAUACUUCAAAUUCGACGUUGAUGACACAUCCGGUGAAUUGGACGCCAACAGACCUGUGCCCUUCAGACUUACACCAAACAUUCUCGAGUUUCUCACGAGUACAGGUGUUUCGGGACCGUUGACCGCGAGCGCGAUCGCGACUGCUCGUUGUCUCGUGCAACCGUCCUUCAAGGUCCACACGAUUCUGCGGGCAAUAUUGCGAGACGAGGUGAUCGCCGAUCACAACAAAAAGCAGGAGGAUUCGGAGAACGCGUCACAAGUUCCUGGGGAAAUGAAGGGUGAACUCUUGAUAACAAUGGUAACGCGGGCGGUGACGGCGAUCGUGACGAGACUCAACUCCCUCGCGAAUUUCGACGGAACUGACAGCAAAGUCGGUACCCUCGUCGCGGCCGCCAACAGCCACGACAAUCUCUGUCGAAUGGAUCCGUCGUGGCAUCCGUGGCUGUAAAUUAACGAGACUGUCUCUCUUUAAGCUGGAUAUUUUAAUAUCGUUCGUCCUUUUCAUUUAUUUUUUUUCUCGUCAAUUUCACGAUUUUCUCCGAUCGACCAUGAGCAGAUUCGAAGUUUUCAUUCCCUUUCUACAUGUAUAAUAUGUAUAUAUCUUCGACGCGUAUUUGUCUUAAUUACUUUUGGUUUUAAUGUACGCGCGAAUUACGAUGUAAAGAUUGAGGAAAACAUCAUUUUUAUCGUAUUUCUUGAUUCAAGCUUUUUUUUCUCGAAAUUUCCACCAGUGCUCAGGACCCAAAAUUGUGUAGAUAAAAAUAGUUUCUAUAUUAUAAAUAUAAGUGAGUAUAUAUAUAUUUAAAAAAUAAAAGAACGCGUUUUAUACAGAA